AUGGAAAAGGUAAAAGAAAAAGUCAACAACAUUGUAGUGACCAACAUGAUAAAGAAUACAAGGACAAUUCUGUGCCUUACAUUGGGAGUUGUGACAGCACGCCCAGGUCAUGUAUCGGGACCAACAUAUUUACCAGCUGCUGCUGUUGCUGCGCCGGCCAUCUAUGAUCAUUAUGAACAUUAUACGCCAACAAUAGUUGGACAUUCGGUGGAACAUUAUCCGACUGCUGUGUCACACCAAAGUCAAACGAUUGUACACGAGAAACGACCUUAUCUCCGGCCCAUAGUCGAAUAUGCACCAGCGGCCACAUUCGUUAAGGCGCAUGCACCCAUCAUUAAGAAAUAUGUGGUGGCUGCCCCAGCACCAGCAACCAUCGAAUACGCUUAUGCUCCAGAAUCCUAUUACAGUGGUGGUGGCUUGUAUGCGGCUACAAGUGGUUGGGAUUCGGGUUUGGUCUAUAGCACAGCCACAAAAGGUGGCUGGAAUGCCUGGCCAUUGAAGUAA